AUGGCCAGCAUCGAAGAGAAAAUCCCGGAGUCUGACAUUGCCCAGCAAUCUGUCGAUCACGAACAUGAUCUGUCCCACCGCGUCAUGCGAAAGCUAGACUGGCACCUCCUUCCUUUCGUAUCCAUUCUGUAUCUGUUCGCAUUCCUAGAUCGGACCAACGUUGGCAACGCAAAGAUCGCGGGAUUGACGACGGACCUAGGCUUGACAGGGGUGCAGUUCAAUUUGUGCACUGCACUUUUCUUUAUCCCAUAUUGCUUGCUAGACAUACCUGCGAAUGUUGCUCUCAAGUACUUCAAGCCUUCUCGAUGGAUCCCGUUAAUUAUGCUCUGCUGGAGUGUCGUCUUGAUCUGUAUGUCGUUCGUGCAGAACUUCCACGGCCUUCUGAUCGCACGCAUUUUCCUUGGAGUCACCGAGUCGGGUCUCUUUCCGGGCGUAUCGUUCUAUCUAUGCCUAUGGUAUCCACGCAAAGCUCAAGCGCAACGGCUGUCUAUAUUCCUCUCCUCGUCGAGCACAGCUGGUGCCUUCGGUGGCCUUUUGGCUUUUGCUAUUGAGAAAAUGAACGGCAUUGGAGGACUAGCCGGGUGGUCCUGGAUUUUCCUGCUAGAAGGUCUCGUUACGGCCAUCAUUUCUGUGUUCGCAUACCUUUACAUGCAGGAUUAUCCCGAGACAGCCUCUUUCUUGACGAUCGAAGAAAAAGAAUGGCUGGUGCGCACGAUUCGCGAAGACGUUGUAGGAUCAUCGAAGGCCAUCAAGAUCAAAUAUGUCUUGCAAGCAUUGGCCGAUCCUCAUGCAUAUCUGCUCGCCGCGCUCGAUUUCUUCAUCGUGGUCCCUUUGUACGCAUUCGCUCUCUUCCUCCCAACAAUCAUCGUCGGACUGGGAUACUCGGCGAUACACGCACAGCUCUUGACGAUCCCACCCAACAUCUGCGGCAGCAUAUUCACCAUAAGUCUGGGGAUACUGUCCGAUCGCGUCGGCAUGCGCGGGCCAUUUGUGGUUGUGGGAGCGCUCACCUCUCUCGUUGGAUACGUUAUGCUAUUCGCCACCACGGUGCCUGUCGUAGGGUAUGUCGGGGCGAUCAUUGCUGCUUGUGGGUUGUAUCCGUCCUCGGCCUGCGUGCUUGCCUGGACCAGUGGGAACUCUGGAGGCGAUAUCAAGCGCGGGGUGAUGAUAGCCAUUGUCGGAGGGAUCGGGAAUAUGGGAGCUAUCGCAUCGUCCUUCGUAUACCGACAGCAAGACAGCCCAAGGUAUCAUCCGGGGCACGCCACAAAUAUUGGAUGCUGUUCUAUGCUUGCCACUCUCAGCAUUAUCGCAAUGCUAGAAUUCUCCCGAUUGAAUGCCAAGAAACGACAAUAUUGCUUGAGAGAAGGCAUUGAUGGUACGCGGGUGGCUGAAUUCUCAGAAAUGGGAGAUAGAUCUCCUUUGUAUCGGUACGUCAUUGGUUGUGACAAUGGAAAAAAAACGCAUUGA